AUGCUAAUAAGUAGAGAACACAUAAUAAGCGGAGUCCGCACUCUCCAGCCAACAUACGAUUCAAUCAACACAAUGGUGGAGUAUAUUAUGCUUUUUCCGGAAGAGCUGCCGUCAGUUAUCGAGAUUAUAUUGAGCGAAAGCGCAACCAGCAACGCACACUCGAACUUGUUCAUUCUCUAUCUGCUAAACGAGCUGCUGGCCAAGCACACGUGCGCCUCGGAGGAUGCGGAGGCUCAGGAAAAGAAUAUGCGCAUAAUCACAGACGCGCUCAAAAAUGUUCUCCACACCGGCAUGCAGAAGGCCGACUUCCUAUCAAAAAACAGCACAGAGGGCCUGAAGAAGUCUGCGGGUUUUCUGAAAAGCAAGUAUCACGAAAUAGAGAAAAUUAUAAACAAAAAAAGAGACAGCAAUUCUGCCGAUGCAAAUGAGGCUGGAGAAAUUUCUUCAGAAAUGGAAGCAUACUUGGACAUAGAUUAUCUGGAGAGUAUGUGCAAAAGAAAAGACAAAAAAGGCAUACUAAAGUACAUCAAAGACCUAAACAACAGAAAAGAAUAA